CGUCAAGCCUUGUCCGUGUACGCUCGAGCAGUUCGACCUCAUGUACGGUCCUUGGUCGGUAUGCUCGCUCGCACCGCGCUCGCUCACAUCACGCUUGGGGACCAGCGGAGAUGUGCGAACUCCCAUAUCCCCAGGUUGCCAGCAAGGAUACCCACUCUGGCAUCGAGCGCUGGCUUAACCACAUUGGACUCUCGUUCAACGGCGUCCUCGAGGCCACAAUGCCGGCUACCCCGAGUGACCGAGCGGCCCUCAAUUAUACCCCGACACCACCCCACUCUCGUACGUUCUUUAGCUACUACACUCUUUGCUUUUGUACUAUGGUUCCGAGAUAUUACAACAGAAGGAACAUAUUUAGGAGAUCACACACUAAUUGUACAAAACGGUUGUCAGGCCUUGCACCGUACAGAAAGGUGGAGGCUAAGGAGUGAAAGCCAACUGCUCAUAGAGAAGAUGUGUCGUGGUGGUGGGCGCAGUCAAGAGUAUUCCGAGACGUGAUCCAUGCAUCGCAAGGCGGUGGGGAGAGGGGACAGCAUGGGUCACGCUUCCGUGAGUGUCGGCCCUGGGCGCAUGGCGUGUUUCCACACCGAACACCGGAACGAUUCGGGCAAGCGACUUGGGCGCUUGAGAAGAGAUGGGUGCAGGAUCGGCUUGCCAUGGCGGAAUGGUGUGGGAAAGGGAGCAUACGGAGUGAAGUUGACCCAAGGCGUGGCUGUGUCUCAUGAGGCCAUCGCUGAAGACGACUCAUCA